AUGUUGUCCCGUAUAACAGCUAGAAGAUGGGUUGGUGUAUCGAGCCGUUGUUCACUUUCUACUCGUUUCUACAGUAGCAAGCUUUCUACAGAAUAUACCCCGGGUCCACCUCGUUUACCUAAAGAACAGCAAGAGGAGUUCGAGAGGUUGCAGAACAUUGCCAACUCUCAGAUAGCUAUUGAAGAAUACAAUGACCAGAUCCGCGAGACCGGUUCUGCAAAUAGUGACGCAGUUGUUCCUGAUCAACCAGUUCUCAAAAGUGAUAUUGGAACUUUUCAGGUCUUAAAGACAAUUCCAGAGUUCGAAGGAGAAGUCAACCCCAAGACGGGAGAAAUCGGAGGACCAAAGCAGGAUCCUUUGAAGCACGGUGAUUGGUCAUUUAACGGUAGAGUCACGGACUUCUAG